AUGGACGCCUCCGUCACCACCACUUCACCGUCGUCGGCUGUCUCGCAGAUGCCGCCAAGCUUAAAUGCGAGAGUAGACGACCUAGCACAAGCCUCUGCUUCCACUCCACCCCAGUCCCCCCUCAAACACCCCGCCUCUACAUUCUCAGCGUCAACAAGCGCAAUCGCAACUGCUGCCACUCCCUCGACCGCUGCCGCCGCUUCUGUCAGUUCUCCCUCUAACCACAUGUCGCCUGCUCAUCCACCAACCGAAUCCAGCCGACAUUCUACCCCAGCCACUUCGGCGGCUGGCUCCGACCCUGUUCAGUCCACGCUGCCUUGCUCUGCACAGCUUGCCACCUCCCAACCUUCCAUAGACGCUGCGCCAACACAGCCACCACAAGCAUCAUCACCUCGACCACCAUCUGAGCAGCUGCCGCACGCACCACCAGACGAGCAUCCGCUCUCCUCUAUCCAGCCCGCCUACUUCUAUCCUUCCGAUGCUUCCACCUCGUCCUCUCACGAUGGCAUUCCUGUAUUUCAGCCCACCAUGCACCAAUUUCAAGACUUCUACGCAUUCUGUCAAGCCAUCGACAGCUGGGGAAUGCAAUACGGUAUUCUCAAGGUCGUCCCACCACCCGAAUGGCGUGACGCGCUCCCCGACCUUCGCCCCUCUCCUCCCACUGCCUCCAACAAGCUCGAACCUGACGAGCACGCCGACAUCUCCAAGGUUCGCAUCCGCAACGCUAUCAUGCAGCACUUUACCCCUGCUGGCUCGGGGGUUUGGCGUCAGAUCAACACCACUCGCUCCGCCAAAAUCUGGAAUGCCAAGCAGUGGGCCGAAUUGUGCAUUUCGUCAGAUCAAAAGGGUCCCGAAAUGGAUCGCAUGAAGUGGAAAGUCGAGGUCGAAGGUGCCUCCAACGGCGGUUGGGGUCCCAAGAACAUUGGCGCAAAGCACUGUGCUGCCCCCACCAUUCUCGACGAAGACGGUGUCCGCACCAGAAGCGGCAAAGCUCGUCCAUCCGCCACCCCAGCUGCUGCAGAAGCCAAAACCAAUGCCAAACGCAAGCGAACCGACAACGAUCACGGUCACGAUCACGGUCACGAUCACGACAAGCCCCCAUCCGUACAGUCGCAUGAGCAACCCACGAUAUCUGCAUCGGUAUCAGCACCCACCUCUCCUUCAUCUCCCGAACGUCGCUCCCAACGAAUCGUCCAAAAUUUCGCCGUCGCCAAACCAUUACCUCCCGUCACUUUUCAAGAUGCUUCACCAAUCAAGAAGAAAAACUGGGAGGCAGAGGCCACCACACCCGACGAGUGGCGCGCUUUCGAUUACAAGAACUGUUGGCGCAAGGAAGCCCUUUCCCAACAGCAGCUCGCCCGGCUCGGCGCCACUCCCUGUGCCUCUGACGACGAUGAUGAUGAUGCUGCUGCUGCUGCUGCUGCUGCUGCUACCACAGCAGAGACUUCCCAGUCAUCCGCAGCUCCCCUCGCUCUUCCCAACCCUUCCGAAUGGACGCCCGAAGUGUGUCGGGAGAUCGAGAGCGAAUACUGGCGCAACCUCAACUUUGGCAAGCCGCCCAUGUACGGCGCCGAUCUCAGCGGUACCCUCUUUGACCACCGCACCAAGCAUUGGAACGUCGGCAAGCUCGACAGCAUCCUCACCCGUCUCCACCUUCGACGCAAGCUCCCAGGUGUCAAUACUCCUUACCUCUACUGGGGAAUGUGGCGAGCUACGUUUGCAUGGCACGUUGAAGACAUGGACCUCUACUCGAUCAAUUACAUCCACUUUGGUGCUCCCAAACAGUGGUAUGCCAUUCGACAAGCCGAUCGACAGCGCUUCGAGUCGGCCAUGGCUGGCGCUUUCCCCGCCGAUGCACGACGCUGUCCUCACUUUAUGCGCCACAAGUCGUACCUCGCCUCUCCCUCCUUCCUUGCUUCCCACGGCAUCCGCCCUCUCAAGCUCGUCCACAACGCCGGCGAAUUUGUCAUCACAUACCCCUUCGGCUAUCACUCUGGCUUCAACAUGGGUUACAACUGCGCAGAGAGUGUCAACUUUGCGCUCGAAUCCUGGCUCGACAUUGGUCGCAAGGCCAACUACUGCCACUGCGACAUGUCGCAAAAUAGCGUGCGCAUCGACGUCGAUGCUUUGCUCGAAGAGAGCAGAGAAAUGGAAGAGCUCGAACGCAAACGCGAACUGCGUCGCGCCAAAGAAGAAGCCGUACACGCUACCGAAGAAGAAGAACUCGAAAAGCGUCGCAUCCGAAACGAACGCGCCAAGGAGCGUAGAAGGCUCAAAAAGGAGGCAGACGAAGCCGCAGCCGCCGCCAAUCCAGCAGCGCCGCUACCCUUCCAAGGCGGUGCCGACUUUUAUGUCGAUCCCAAGCACGCUGCCAUUAGCCCUUGCGUCUUCUGCCCUGCCAACGUCCACACCGAUCUUGUCGCCACGCCUGCCGAGAUCGACUCCACUAACCCCAAACUCAAGGCCAUGUCGGGCCGUCACGCGCACCGUCUCUGCGCCAGCUUCGUACCUGAAACCUGGGUGGGCAAACACGGCAAGACCGACAUUGUUGAGGGUAUCGGCGGUAUCGACAAGGCACGCUUCUCUCUCAAGUGUCAGAUCUGUCCCCAUCCGAGCCUGCAGAAGCUGUACCCCAAAAUCCAGUGUACACGUGGCAAGUGUCCACGCUCAGCACAUGUAAGCUGUGCCUUGGUGGAGAAACACGGCUGGUUCAUCGAUGUGUGUCCCGCGCAGACAGCAGAUGAGCUCGAGGGGAAAAAGGCGUCCACUACCAACAGCAACGUCCAGCAAACCGACGGUCUCGAAGACGGCGACGAGCGGCUCGUGGUGCUCUGCAAGGCGCACAACCCGCUCUUCCGUGAAGCCGAGGAAGCACGCAAGGCGGAAGAGCUGCGUGAACGCAUCUAUGCGCUCCCGAUCCCGUCUAUGGUCAAGAUCAAGACGUCCGGAGGAAUGUUCCAAGCUUUGAUGGUCGAAAUCCACGAGGAAGAAGACGAGAUUGUCAUCGAGGACGAAGGUCGUCCAAGCACGGUCAAGUUUCAGCAGAUCCUUCUGGACGAUCCGGUCAAGCAAGAGCCGCAGUCGGUUGGCAUCCCGGCAGCUGAUGGCCAAGUUGCGCUCAACGGCGACGACGUUUCACAUCCGACCAAACGGAGGAGAAAAGUGACCGAAAAGGCUAGUGAAGCCAAGGCGGCCAAGUCAGAGGCGGUGGACGCUGGCGGCACUGGUGUGUCGGAAGUAACGGCCAAGAAGCCUCGCAAGAAUCGAGGUGCAGCAGCAGCAGCAGCAGCAACAGUACCAACAACGCCCGCUUCAGCAGAUACGGCAGCCACGGCAGCUCCACCACUUGGUGACAAGGCGGCGUCGACGCUAUCAGGCAAGAAGAGCGCCAACGCUGCCGACGGCCAGACCAAGUCCAAGCGUCAGCGUCAGCCCAAGAAGAAGGCAGAAGCGACAAAUGGAGACGCUGUAGCAUCUAUGCAGUGGUCAGACCACCCUAUGCAUGCAGGCGGUCAGCAGCAGCAACAGCAGCAACAACAGCAAGUAGUCCAGACAAUACAUGUGCCCUCCAAACGUGGUCCGCGAGCGACGUACGCUGCGCAACAUCCAAGUGUGCCUCAGUCAUCGCUGUCUCAGUAUGGCGAGCAUCAUGCUUACCCGCCGCCGCUACCGCAGCCGCAGCAGCAGCAGCAGCAGCAGCAGCAAUACGCUGGAGGAGACGGUGGACCGAUGCACCGUACUCCUUUGGCAGGUGAUGGUGGUACGUACGCACCUGCAUACGCGCUGCAGCAGUAUGCACCUGGGUAUGGUCGCAGUGAAUACGGUGCGGGCGUCGCAUCUGCUGGUUAUGCACACUUGCUGCAUCAGCAGCAGCAGCAACGGGCGGGUAACGGCGGUGGACAUGCAUAUGGCUCGUCGUCGCCCUACGCACCGUAUCAGGUGGGCGCACAUGCUUCGUACGCACUCGCGCCCGGUGGUUCGGCUAGCAACCACAGCAGGCAUUCGGGAGGUGGCGCUCAGGCGUUGGAGAUGAAGGGAGCAUCGUCGACGGGUGGCAUGCAUGCCGGCUCGCAGUACGGCUACCUGUCAGCGCCUGUAGGUGGGUACGAGCGAACGCCGCCGCUGCCGACGUAUGCCAAGUCGGGAGCUCAUGCAAAUGCGGACCUCGCAGGUGGAGGGUUCCCAGACUACAGGCCGCCAUAUCACCACGCUGCGCCGGCGGCGUUGCAGGCAGGAUACGCCUCGGGCGUGCAGUAUCGUCAGCCCCCGGCGCGGUAUGCGGGAGAGUAUCCGGCAUGUUCGUAUGGCCAUGUGGGGCCGGCCGACGAGAUGCACCAGCACAUGCGUGCCGCACAUGUCGCCAGUGUAGGCGGCAGUCACGUGAAUGCGCCAACCGGCACACACGCAUAUUCAACACCGUAUCAGUACGCCCAUCGGAUGCAGUAG